UGAAACUGCUUUGCUGGAGAAAUGUCUUCAGAAUCAGAACAGGAUAAAGAGAGGCUGGUUCAAGCUGCCAAAAUGUUCUUCUUUCACAUAAAAGAUCUUACUUCCUUCACAAACACACUGACCGAAUUGUUUAACCACAACAUGAAUACUCAGAUCCUCUCGAUGGCCGUGAAAGAAAAUACUAACAUUAAGGAUUUCUUUGAACAAAUGCUCAGAAUUUUUAAGGAGAUGCAAUCUGUAGUGAAUGAAAAGUACAACAAAAUGCAAAAGGAGUCUUUAUGUUCCAAGUUUGCAACAGCUAUGUGCUCUAUGGUUGAGAAGAGUACCAAUGUAAAGGAGUUGCAAGAGUCAGCUAAAGAAGUAUUCAAAAGCGUCCAUACACCAGUCAUUGUCUCUGUGCUGCAUAAUGGUAACAUCCUUGGAAGUUUGGAAUCUUCUCUUUCACUCUUGAUGCAAUUCCCCAUUAUGAAUCUUCAAUUAAGUGACUUCUAUAGGGAAGACAACAAAGAACAAUCAGAAGUUACCACAUCUGAAAAAAACACGAGUCCAGGUCCUUCCAAAACCACUAUGGUAGACAUCUUGAAAAAGUUGCAGGAUGCGCUAAAAGCCAAGACUGCCAACAAUCCCACAGAGUCAGCAGCAGAUUUACUGGAAAAAAUUGUCAAGGAUAUGGGACCAAUCUUAGAGAUCCUCCAAAAAGCCAUCAAGAGUAUAGAAACUGAUAUUUCUAUGUUUAAGAAGGUCAAUGACAAGUAG